AUGUCGCGAAAGCUGUCAUCUCCUGCAGCGCAGCUGCUACGCGGCUCGCGCCUCUUCUCACUGCCGCCCCCGAUUCCUGGCGCGGGAACUGCGCCUGGCACCUCGUCCGACUACACGAGCGCCUCUGAAACCGCAACACAGCCGUUUCCGACUCGUCAAGCCAUCGCAACGCCUCCUUCGAGCCUGGGCCGUGGCGAUUGGGGCUUGAAGCGGCCGCUGCCACUUCGUGAAACGACACGUUCAUCCGCGCCAACAAUGCGAGUGUACGAAAUCGAUACGAUCAACCUCUUUACCGAUUUCGAGAGCGCCGGCGACCACGUCCGCACCCUGGAAAAGUGGCAAGAAAUGAACAUCCCACUCACUCUAAGCCCAGAGGCCCGCAUGACUGCGUCAGGCAAGCAAGCCAUUGGAGCCAGCGUCUUCCACGAACGCUUCGACAACACCCAGCUCACCCCCGAGGCACGGCAGAAGGGCCAUAGCAAAUGGAAAUUCAAAGGACCUUAUAUGGCAGGAAUGACCGAGGGCCAGUUCAAGGCUUACCUUGAGAGCCAGAUUCGCCGGAACAAGGACGCUUUCAAGGAGCACUUGAGAAAAUACUUUGAUGAAAGGGCCUUCACGGACGCUUUGGCGAAGGCAAGAGACGCCGGUGUUCCACAGGAGUCUUUGCCUCGCGAGGAGACGUUCCAGUUUUCUGAAGAGGACUUUGAGCACGUGGUCAAGGUUCUGCGUGAAAACACCACCCUGUCGUCGGAGAUGAGCGGCCUUAUCAGAGACUUCUUCGAUCUCCCAGGCGUCCAUGCAGACCCUCUCCCCGCAGAUGCGUUGCAGGGCACGGCGGGUGAGCUAUUAUUGGAGCACAUGCGGAACAAAGCAGCGAAGGGGCCGCCGAGCACCCACCCAUCUGCUGGUCUUUCCUAUCUUCGCAGCUCAGCGUUCCUGAACAACCACCCGAUCCUGGGCCCUCAGGCGUCCAGAGAGCCAAUUGAAGCUCGACUGCUCGUUGGUCGUCAAACCAACCAGAGGGCCUCGCAGCCCAAGGCUGGUGUCGGUGGUGUUGUUGCGGACGUCAAGCUCUUCCAAAGCGGGUCCAAGGCGAACGAUCUAUAUUUCUCCAUGAGGUACGAAGAUGAGGGAGGCCCUAAGGUCUGGGUAUCGCCAGAACGGGCUUACAUCGAUUCAUCCGGCCGCAUCAAGCUCUCCGUGAACCCUGCUGUUCCAGAGGACGUGCGGAUCAAACAGGGAUCUCUGAAGUCGAAGGAGGAGCUGGAAGCAAAGGUAGCACCCAAGAUUGAAGAGCUCGACAUGAGGGCCGCGAGCUUUGAUACAGACGGCGGUAGCGGGCAGGAGCAUAGUCAGAGGAUUGUUCAAAUGCUGGAGCGCAUGACCGGCACGACGCCGCGGAAGGGUGUGGAUCAAUAG